CAGGAGGAUACAGACGAUAUUCAUACUGUGGCAGACUAUUUUGAAAACACUUUGGGUUAUGAAGUGUAUGCAGUUAUCGGCCAUUCUCGAGGCUCCCUGGCUUCUUUGAAAUUUGCUACGACAAGAGAAAGACAUGUUCCUCUUAUCGUUAACAUUGCUGGAAGGUUUAAAAUGAGGGACAAUCAGAUGAGAACAAGCAGACCUCAUAUCGGCAAAGCUUUGGAUGAGCAACUGAACCGUUUCCUUUACCAUACGUUCUAAAGGGAUACUUUGAUUGGCACGUUAAGCAACGAGACCGUAUUGCUACUAUCAAAGUAACAAUGGCAGAAGUAGAGAAAUUUUAUUUGUGGUCUAAUGAACAUGUUGCUAGAAUGCCUUUGUCCACAUGUGUUUUAUCAUGUCAUGGUUUAAGUGAUACGACUGUACCGCCUUACAAUGCAGCAAUGUUUGCCAACAGAAUUCCCAAUCAUACUCUAUCUCUUAUUGAGGGUGCAGAUCAUAAUUUCAGGGGAAAAUUUGAAGAGUUAACUGUUGUGGUACUGGAUUUUUUCCAAAAACAUGAACACAACCAAUACCAGAGAGCCAUUAGUAUGGGACAAGGAUCCGGCUUGAUAAUACCUCGUUGGAUCGAUGUGGAUGGAGUAAGGAACUUUCGUGAUAUUGGUGGAUGGCCAACCAAGGACAAAGCAGGUUAUAUUCGCGAACGAGUAGUUUUUCGUUCAGCAAAUUUAGCAAAUGCAACUCCUGACGGCAUUGAAAGACUGAUUAAAUUAAAUGUCAAAGCCAUAUUUGACUUUCGAUAUGACCGAGAAGUAGAAAAGAAUGGUAUCUUAAGGGAAAUACCUGGUGUCUCCCAUUUUGCUUACAAUAUGUUUGAAGAAGGUUUAAAGACACCAGAGGACGCGAAAGCCCAUCUAAUGGAGUAUUUAAAAGGAGAAGAAGGUUUUGCGAAUAGCUACAUGUUCAUUGUAGAAACAAACAAGAAAUUGAUCGGCAAUAUCUUCCGCUAUAUGAGCAAGGAAUUAUCUCCUAAGGACAGAAGUGCCAUGGUUGUUCAUUGCUCUGCAGGCAAGGACAGAACAGGCGUGUUUAUUAUGCUUCUAUUAGGUCUCUGCGGUGUUGAUGAUGAAAUCAUUGCAAGGGAAUACGAUCUGACCAGCCUGGGCUAUUUCGGCUUUGAAAAGGAUCUGGAGAAGCGAGCCGAAAACAUGGGACUCACCGUCGAGAACUUACGUGCCGCGUUAUCAGCUUCAGUUGGAGGGAUGAGGUUGUGCAUACAGCAGUUAAGAAAGAAGUAUGGCAGCUUUGAGGAUUAUGUAAGAGAUAAAUGCGGUCUAACAAAUGAAGAAGUGAACUUGAUCCGUGAGCUUAUGAUUGUGCCAAUUCGUUUUGAAGAGCGUCAGUUGCACAGACCAAGAAUGUAGAAUUAUAGUGUUUAUUGUAAUGGCGUAAAUCGGAAAAGGUUGGGAAAAAAAAAAGAUUCUGAAGGCAAUCUCAAUAGAAACUCUGUCUUUAUAUGUUUAUUAAACUUAUAUCAAUGCGGAUCAGUUAUGUGUGCUUAUUUUCCGUUCUCAAUGUUUGUUGUGUUGAUAGUAUGCCCAUGCUUGAUGAUGCAUACAGAAUCUGGGACCCAUUAUGCUUUUUAUUGUAUGCAAG